AUGCCUCCUCCACGUAAUUUAUCUGCGCGUUCAUCGCAACGGCGCAAUUCUCAGCAAGAUGACAGCGCAGCCCGGACCCGUGCAAGUCGAGGAUCAAAGCCAGCCACUUUAAAAUCAGACAGAGCAGAUGUCGCACCAUCAUAUCCAAGUCCCAACAAACUCAGUCCAAACGUUGCAAGAAAAACAACGCGUUCAGCGAGCAAUCAUUCAGGUCAAUCCUUUGAAGCUCCACCUGAAAUUUACGCUUCGUACGAGGAACCUCUUUUGAUGGUCUUUGGCUUAUCACGCGAGUUCUUUGAUGGCCUUAAGAAACACCAUGGCAAGCUCCCAAAGGAACGAAAAGCGCUCGUCUCUGCUUUGCCACAGGCGGAGCUUACUAGUGAAGAAGAAUCUGAAUCAGAAGAAGACAGCGUAGACGAAAGUGAAGUUGAAGCACCAACAGUAUCGUAUGCGACGCCAAGAGGGCGAGGAAGAGGACGUGGCGGUCGUGGCAGUCGUGGUGGUCGUGGAGGACGCGGUCGAGGAGGAGGUCGAGGCAGAGGAAGAGGCGGCCGUGCAAGAGGUGGUAUUACGAAAACGACCACUUCUGCACGAGCAAACCCAUCUCGCAAUGCUGCUCUCAUGCUUGCGAUGGCCGAAGCCAAUCAGAGUGAAAGCGCCAAGCCCUCGCCUCAACCACACGAAGACGACUCUAUGACCGAGUCUUCGGAGGAUGAAGACGCAAAUGAAGAAGCCGUCGAAGAUGAAGACAGUGAAAGCGAGGACGAAGACGAAUUGACCCAUUGGGCGCACGUUCGAUCUACGACACCAGCAGGCUCGCCACCUCCCGGACUUCAAGAGUCUAUUCUUGAUGGCACGUUCAGACCAGCAUCCGUGGAGCCUCAAUUGGAGCCAGCACCAAUAGUCGUGAAAACUCGUCUGCUUCCUAAAAUAGCUCUGUCAAAAUCAGCUCCCCAGACGCCUCGAGAGUAUGCUUCAACGCCUAUGCCAGUUCUCAAAAUGCUGGACCCCGAAGACGAUGAACUGUCAGAUUCAGAUCUCCCCGAACCUUGGAUUGGAGGAGCGCCUUGGCCGACAGAAGCAGAGUGUGAUGAUAGAGCGGACUAUCUGCUACGAACCAAGUUCGACCCUAUGACUGACGUACAAGACAUUAUUGCCUCGCUCACCAAGCAUACAUUCGCUCGGCGAAGUACCGAGAGUCUCCAUGCAUUGGCUGAGAACACGCAAAGGAUUCUCAAAGCUUGGCAAGACCAGUAUCUCGAGCUGGACGCAAAGACUGCGCCUCUUCUAAACCCGGCAAAGAAACCUUGUCAUGGCGGCCGCAUCCCUGCAGACACGCAAAUCUUCGAAGACAUCAAGGAAGCCGAUCUAUAUGGCUAUACCUACGACGGAAGGAAGACACCAGGUCGCCAAGACCCUUGGUCACAACGACCAGGCGCUGAGAAAAACGCUGGCAGGGAGCUCCGUACACGCCGCAAUCGUGAUAUGCUGGACUCGGCUGCACCCAGUGAAGAGGAGGAGGAAGAAGACAACGAAGGCCGCCCUACGAAGCGACAACGCAAGGCCCCACACAGGUUUGACGGUACAGAGCAAGGCACGGGAUCUACCACUCCAAAGAAACACAACGGAUGGGGAGGCGCACGUAAGAAGGGUGUCAGCAGAUUCGCAAAACUGGUGUCGGAGACUCCAGAACCUGAAGGCAGAACCGCCAAGCGAGGAAAGGCAGCAGCAGCUCUACUUUUUCAGAGGCGCAUACAAGAGAUGCGGGAAGAAUCAGCCGUCACUAGUUCUGGCGAGGAGGGUUCUUCUGUCAUGGAAGUUGAUGACUUCUCCGACGCAAACCCCAAGCGAGGUCGUCCUGCUGGCAGUAAGAAUGUCAACAGACGCAGCGAUUUUGGCAUCAAGAAGGGUCCUCGCAAGAAGACCAGUGAGGCUAGUACGCCGAUCCCGGCAGCACAUGGCCCUAACGCUCCACCGCCUGCACUGCAGUCUCAGAGUCAAGGUCAAGGUCAGUUUACUCUCGAUGCCCAAGGCCUUCCAGACACACAACCUCUGCUGGCACCAAACUCUACUGAGACGGUUUUCCAAGCAACGCCGCAUCCUGCCGCUGCACACGACGAAGCCAUGGUGCGCCCGCCAACUUUCAGCAUACCAGAUUCUUACAUGAUAACGGCUCCCUUGAGCGAGUACACGAAUAACUACGUCGAAGACUACGCCUCUGGGUCUGGAUCGAGGCGCAAACCGAAAGUCAAGAGCGAGAAGCGCAGCCACAGCAUGACCGUCUGGUGGGCAGAGCGCAAAGCACGCAAACAAGAAGAAGACCGCAAAAACGGCGUAGUCCCCGCAAAAGCACCACCAUCCCGACCCACCUCUUCAAGCGGCAAGAAAGCGAGCAAAGCCCAAGCAGCCCCAGCAACACCAGUGUCUGAAUACCCACCCCCGGACUCUCAACAUACAUCGCCCAUGCAAGUCCAACAUCAACAGUCUCAUCAACAUCCCCAACAUCAUCAGCAGGAGAUGUAUAUCAUGCCCCCUGGCCAACACCAGCAUUACAUGUAUGUCUCCGCGCCACCCCCGCAUCAAAUGAUGCAGUACUCGCCCCUCGCCGCCCUGCCAUCGAACCCGUACCCCGGCCCGCGGACCCUCGCCCCGGCGCCCAUGCCCCUCCAGCAUAUGCCCACGUACCCGAGUCCAUACGGCCCUCACGCCUCGAGACCGAGGAGCAGCGGACACCCGCCUGCGUUGGCGCCAGCCCCACAGCAGUAUAUGGGGCCGUAC